AUCCUGGGGACAGAUCACCUCCAUGUACUUUAACACGUGGAAGACAUACAGUUGGCUGCGCUUCAGUGAGGACUGUCUGUACUUGAACGUGUACACACCACUGCGUGUCCAUGAGGAUCCCCUGCUGCCGGUGAUGGUCUGGUUCCCAGGAGGAGCCUUCCUCGUGGGCUCCGCUUCCACCUACGACGGCUCGCAGCUGGCGGCCCGGGAGAAAGUGGUAAUUGUGGUUUUGCAGCAUAGACUUGGCAUCCUGGGAUUGCUGAGCACGGGCGACGGCCAGGCCCGUGGAAACUGGGCACUGCUGGACCAGGUUUUGGCUCUGCACUGGGUUCAGAAGAACAUCAGAGCCUUUGGCGGAGACCCAGACUGCGUGACGCUGUUCGGCCAGUCAGCAGGGGCCAUGUGCAUCUCGGGACUGAUGUUAUCACCCCUAGCUCAAGGUCUCUUCCAUCGAGCCAUUUCCCAGAGUGGCACUGUAGCCAUCAAUAGCUUCAUCACUCCUGAGCCACUGAAGUUGGCCAAAAAGAUUGCCAGCCUAGCAGGCUGUGACCACAACAGCACACAGGUUCUGGUAGACUGCCUGAGGAACCAAUCCAUCCAGAAUUUAAUGCAUGUGUCUAAGAAGAUGAAUUUCUUCCAUCUCAAAUCCCAAGAAAAAUCUCAGGACGCUUUGUGGUUCAUAAGUCCUGUGGUGGAUGGAGUGGUGUUCCCAAAGAAUCCUGUGGUGCUCUUGGCACAGGGGCAGAUUGCCCCUGUCCCAUACCUUUUGGGGGUCAACAAUCUGGAAUUCAAUUGGCUUUUGCCUUAUAUCUUGAAGUUGCCAUUAAACCAGAUCUCACUGAAUAAAGAAGCCAUCACCAAGAUGAUCUUCAAGACCAGGAACAUAUUGAAUGUCACCAAGGAGCAGAUACCCCUGGUGAUAGAAGAGUACCUGGGUGAGAUUGAUGACCACAACUGGAAGAUGUUACAAAACAGGAUGUUGGAGCUAGCUGCAGAUGCUGUCUUUGUGUACUCCACACUUCAGGCUGCCCGCUACCACCGCAAUGCUGGAUUACCUGUCUACCUGUAUGAAUUUGAAUGCCAUGCUCCUGCUCCCUUCAUUAUCAAACCCCGAACUGAUGGGGCAGACCAUGGAGAUGAGAUCCACUUCAUCUUUGGGAGACCCUUUUUCAAAGCCCUUUCCACAGCUGAAGAGAAGUUGUUGAGCCACCAGAUGAUGAAAUAUUGGGCCAACUUUGCUCGCACAGGAAACCCCAAUGGUGAGAAACUGCCCUCCUGGCCACGAUACAACAAGGAUGAGAAAUACCUGCAACUGGAUAUUACCAUGAGAGUGGGUGUGAAGCUCAAGGAGAAGAAAAUGGCCUUUUGGAUGAGACUGCAUAAACACUGAGGACCUGAGAGACAGAGGCAGUACUGAAGGUGGCUAUUCAGGAGAAGGCUAAGAGAUUGUCUCACUACCCAGGGUUUGAGAAGAUUCCCCCUGGACAUGUCUAGGUCAGGUCCCAAGUUUAGGACCUAGAGUGGUUCCCUCCCUAUUGUCCUAAGUCAGAAACAGAGCUGUAACCUGUUGUUUGGGGUCCUGCACCAUCCUAUUUAGCUUGCCAUCCCAAAAUGCCCACCUAUCUCAUUGACUUUGUGAGGUUAAGCCUGGCCCUUUCACUAUCAUUAUGUCCACAGCCUCAAAAAGGACAACCCCCUUCUCCCCCUUCUCCAAACCCUCCUACCCUUCAAGGUCUACUUGAAGCUACUUGUAGGAAAUCCACCCUGACUGCUUCUGACCCUAUCAUGGCAUAUAGCUCCUCAGUUACCAAUCAUCUUCCUCAACCUUAUGACAGUUCACAUUUGGCUAAGACCUUGGACAGGUUAUUUGUUACAUGGGGUGAAGCUUUGACUGUUUGGGAUCUCCUCCUAAACUUGUCUCUUCAGGGUCCCUUCAAAGCUUGGAGACAGAGUUGGUUCUCAAUAAAAACAUGUUGGCUGAACCCUGGA